CAUAUGUACAGUGGUGUUGGGUAGUAGGUGAUUUCCAGACGCUGUUCAACUUGCAAUUAUAUGGUACAGAAUUGAGUUCAAUUCCCACAAAUUUUCUUUAUGAAGUUUACAGUAAUACAAUCUCUAAUGCCAUGUUAUUGUCAUAAAAGCACAUUCCUUUCUACUGCUUCGUAGGAUACACAUAUGACAUAAGUACUAUUUUCCGUUUUGAAAGCCCAAAGAAAAUGGAACAUAUUUUGUAAAUAACUAAGCUAAUUCUUUGGUUUUUGCUGGACUAGUACUUUUGGUAUCGCCCACUUGCCUUCCACAUUCAGUAAAACAAAAUUGCACAUAUUGAUCCCCUUCGUAACAGUGAAGAAAGGAUAAAAAGAAGAGGAGAAGAAACUUUUAAUAAUAUUACUUGUCUUUGAAUUGAAUCUGAAUUAGAUUUUGAAAGCUUCUAAUGGAACUAUUUAUGAUGAGCUAUCGUUUAAUUUUAAGCUUACAUUAAGAUUUUUUAGCGAAGGGGUCCACUUGCUCUGAUUUCAUUACAAGGAAGCUACAGCAAGAUCCAGAAAGAGCAAAAUAAUUAUGAAAUAUACAAAAAUACUUUGUGCAACUACAAGAAACAUAUUUACUAAAAACUCUUAUAAGGUUAAUGGCUCCCUUAAGAGUCUCAGCAUUCCACGAUCCUCUCAAAGCUUGCCAGCCGUAUGGCUGAAUAGACGCCCUUUUCAUGUUUCUAAUUAUCUCAGCGAAGAUAGAACAACUUCUAAAAACACAAAUGGAAACAUUAAAGACAUAAAAAAUGAGAGUGGGAUUCCUUCAAAUAUGCAGGAAUCUAACAUUCCUGAUAUGGGACCUAACUGGGAAACUUCGUUUUAUGGAUUGUCAGCAAAGCCUUUUGACAAGGAGACUAGUAGUAUUUUGACAGCUCCACUAUCACCAGAAGAUGUGGAAAUUAAACCAGAUGGAAUCCUUUACUUACCUGAAAUCAAGUACCGAAGAAUUCUAAAUAACGCUUUUGGUCCCGGUGGAUGGGGACUUGCCCCUCGCGGGAACACUACUGUCACAAGCAAAUCAGUAUCAAGAGAGUAUGCUCUCGUUUGUCACGGUCGGCUUGUGUCGGUUGCUCGAGGUGAACAAACUUAUUUCGAUCCCGAAGGAGUUGCUACGGCAUCCGAGGGCUGCAAAUCGAAUGCAUUAAUGAGAUGCUGCAAAGAUUUGGGAGUUGCAAGUGAGCUAUGGGACCCAAGAUUUAUUCGUGCCUUCAAACGUGAACGUUGCAUGGAAGUAUUUGUCGAGAAUGUACUCACAAAGAAAAAGCGUAAAUUAUGGCGUAGAAAAGAAGACAAGUUCACAUAUCCCUACGCAGAGUAA